GAUACCGUGCAAUAAUCCCGAUACUUUGCUAUUGGACCACAAUUUCACGAAUGAUCUUCUGGCGUUAUGAUGAAUCUUCUCUUCCAAAUCUGAAGCCCCUUGAGGGCAUAUUUGCGGGAUAUGGAGGAUCGCCGUGGCCGGCGGCUCUACAGAGUCAUAAACAUUUGUGUACUAUGAUGUUAUGGUGGAAGCGCACAAUCGGUUGAGUGCGGUGACUAAACGAGAGUGACCCCGUCCGUGCACACGCACUCCUCUCAGGCUGAGCGUCCAAUCAGCGAGGACUCCGCGGGCUAGUUAGCUCCUAAUUGGCCGGAGAUGGGAGAGGAACGCUCGGCCGUGGUCACAGUCAAACACAUGUUCGCCUCCUUUGCUCCGUGGAGGAUGCGCUUUCGACGUGAUCUUUCCAAAUCCAAAUUAGAAGACUGAUCGAGAGGUGGGGGCGGACGUUUCAUCUUCGCAGGCUGCCACGGAUCGAAAAGUAAAGUCUUCUGUGGAUUACUCACCACUGAGGAAACUUUUUUUUGCAUUUCAUAUUUGGUGGCUGUUUCCCUCUAUUACGCGCAAGUGCAUUUGUGAGUGGAUCCGAGUGUUCGAAAGACUCCAGAUUUAUGAUUUGGGGCAUGGCUACAGCCACCUCCAGCCCGUACCUCGCCAGCAGCAGGAUUUUAAGUGGCCCGGUCCCGCAGUCUGACCGGAGGGGCGGAAGCAUGCAUCCGGCGAACGCUGCGGUCACCUCGGUGUCUUCCAGUGCGUUCAGGGGGGACCCCUCGGUCAAGAUGGUGCAGAGUGACUUCGUGCAAGGGGCCACCAUGGUGUCCAGCAACGGCGGGCACAUGCUCAGUCAUGCCCACCAGUGGGUCACGUCGCUGCCCCACGCCGCGGCAGCGGCGGCGGCCGCGGCAGCGGCGGCGGCUGCGGCGGCCGCGGGCGAAGCGGGUUCCGCGUGGCCGGCCGGCUCUCAGCCCCAGGAGACGAAGAGAGGCGGCGGCGGGAGGGAGGACCUCCACUCGGGCGCCGCUCUGCACCACCGCGGCUCCCAUUUAGCGGGCCAUCAAGCGCACCCUGGUGGCUGGGGGGGCUCCAUCAACGUUAGCGAGGGUCGGACGCAGACGCAGACGCAGCAGCAGCAGCAGAGCCUCGUUUACUCCCAACCGGCUGCCUUCACCGUCAACGGGAUGCUCAGCACGCACAGCCUCAUGCACGCCGGUGCGCUGGUCCGCGGGGACUCCCCAGAGCUGGACCACCCUCACCACCCCCAUCACCACCACCACCACCACCACCACCACCACCCUCACCAUCCUCAUCCUCAUCCUCAUCACCAGCACGCACACCACCAGCACCAGCAGCAGCAGCAGCAGCAGCAGCAGCAGCAGCAGCAACAGCAGCAGCACCACCACCACCACCACCAAGAGGCGCACUCGGAUGAGGACACGCCGACCUCGGACGACUUGGAGCACUUCGCCAAGCAGUUCAAGCAGCGGCGCAUCAAGCUGGGCUUCACGCAGGCCGACGUGGGUCUGGCCCUGGGCACGCUCUACGGCAACGUCUUCUCGCAGACCACCAUCUGCCGCUUCGAGGCGCUGCAGCUGAGCUUCAAGAACAUGUGCAAGCUGAAGCCGCUGCUCAAUAAGUGGCUGGAGGAGGCCGACUCCAGCACCGGCAGCCCGGCCAGCAUCGACAAGAUCGCCACGCAGGGACGCAAGAGGAAGAAGCGCACGUCCAUCGAGGUGAGCGUCAAAGGCGCGCUGGAGAGCCACUUUCUCAAGUGCCCCAAGCCGUCGGCGCAGGAGAUCAACGGGCUGGCGGACACGCUGCAGCUGGAGAAGGAGGUGGUGCGCGUCUGGUUCUGCAACCGCAGGCAGAAGGAGAAGCGCAUGACGCCGCCCGGGCUCCCGCGCAGCCCGGACAACAACGCGUACACGCCGCCGCCCUCCAUCGACUGCAAGAGGAUGUACAGCGACACGUGAACGAACUUGAUUCGCUCUGCGUUUGCGUUUGCCUCACUAAUCAACUUUUGUCUGUUCGCUCCGAGCUCCUGUGUGUCCCGUCAUCCACUAAGCCGCGCGCGCGCGCGCGCAACUUUUGUGCGCCGUUUUCCCAGAAAGAAACAUGAAGGAAGAACUUGUCACAUUGCUUUCAUUUAGCACUGACUUGUUCCCGAAAGCAAUCAUUAAUACCCCCAUUAUGUUUCUUACAGACGUGUUUUGUGCUAGUAGCUAUACAAUGCAAGCGACUCAUUUAAAAAAACCAAACAAAAAAAAACAAAGAUACAUUCCUUUACAUGUGCAAGAUGAGUGUGUAUUAUUGUGUGAUGGUUUGCACUAUUUAUUUCUUAAUUUCAGUGAAGAAAUGAAUUAUUUAAAUAAAUUGGACUG